CGGUCCGUGAUGCCAUAAAGAGCAUCAACAUCGAUAUACCUUGUAGUGAUUGGUGACCAGAUCAGCACCAAUGCAUACCGGAGCUUUCAAUCUCACCCUCAUUGACCAUCGACAAAUCGGUGGGCCUCCGCGCUUAUUUUUUGGGCGAAAACAUGCAAUUGAAAUGUUCAAUGGGCACCCAUCCUUCUAGGAUCAGCAUGCACAUAUCCAACGCAAAGGCAAAGGUCGAUAUCCUUUUUUUUUGCGACUUGCUUGUCUUUCAUUAAUCUCAUGGUGUGGUCCGGUGUUGUUUGAGAUCCAUGGAAAUUACGAACCCGAGGAGGCGUCCUUUGAUAUUGAAUCACCAGCUACCGCUCCGUUCUUGUACGAUGGUUCCUGAGGAUGCAAAAUGGUGAGUUGAAUUUGAUUCACCUGCGUGCUGUUUUGCUGCAUGGUGGUGGUGGAGAGGAAGAUGCAGCCAUUGCCGCCGCCUGAGCGCCGGAGGGUCGUUCGUUUCGUGGUCUUCAUGGCCGUCUCCCUCCUGGCCCUGUUCUGCUGGGCUCUCGUCAAUUCCAGGAUCAACGUCGCCAUGCCUUACUCUGCUUUCGUGAUGCGCGAUGUCGACAAGACGCCCGCAUUCACAGGCCUAGAAGACAGGCAGAGGCACCCCGCCGGCGACCCAGCGUGGACCUCGGCGGCGCCGCAGGCCGUGCCGGUGACCAGUAACGUCACGGCGGGCUCGGUGAAAUUGGGUGAUCCGGUGCUCCGGGAGCCGCUGGCAGGAGAAGCGGAACGGGAACGGAGCGAGAGGUGCGACGCGGACAGCGCGGCGCUCAGGGUGUAUAUGUACGACCUGCCGGCGGAGUUCCAUUUCGGCAUGCUCGGGUGGGAACGGAAGGGGAAGCUGGCGUGGCCCGACGUCCGCGACGCCCACGCCGCGCCGCACUACCCCGGCGGGCUCAACCUGCAGCACAGCGUGGCGUACUGGCUCACGCUGGACAUCCUGUCCUCCGCCCUGCCGCCCGGCAGCGACGUGGUCAGAGACAGGCCCUGUGUCGCCGUCAGGGUGACGAACGCGAGCCUCGCCAACGUCUUCUUCGUGCCGUUCUUCGCGUCACUGAGCUACAACCGCCACUCGAAGCUCCGCCGCGGGGAGAGGGUGAGCAGGAACAGGGUCCUGCAGGCCGAGCUGGUCAAGUACCUGAUGCGGAAGGAGGAGUGGAGGAGGUGGGGCGGCAAGAACCACCUCAUCGUGCCGCACCACCCCAACAGCUUGAUGGAGGCACGGAAGAAGCUCAGCGCCGCCAUGUUCGUGUUGUCUGACUUCGGGAGGUACUCGCCGGACGUUGCCAACCUCAAGAAGGACGUCAUCGCACCGUACAAGCACGUCCUCCGCUCCUUAGGCGAUGGCGACUCGCCAUCGUUCGAGCAACGUCCCAUCCUCGCAUACUUCCAAGGGGCCAUCCAUCGGAAAGCUGGCGGGAAGGUUCGCCAGAAGCUGUACCAUCUGCUCAAGGACGAGCGCGACGUGCACUUCACCUACGGCAGCGUCCGGCAGAACGGCAUCCGGCGCGCCACCGCCGGGAUGUCCACGUCGAAGUUCUGCCUCAACAUCGCCGGCGACACGCCGUCCUCGAACCGGCUCUUCGACGCCAUCGUCAGCCACUGUGUCCCGGUCAUCAUCAGCGACGACAUCGAGUUGCCAUUUGAGGACAUGCUCGACUACUCGGAGUUCUGCGUGUUCGUGCGCUCCGCCGACGCCGCCAAGAAGGGAUUCCUACUACGGCUGCUACGGGGCAUAUCGCGCGAGGAGUGGACCAAGAUGUGGAUGAGAUUGAAGAAGGUGACUCACCAUUUCGAGUACCAGUACCCUUCACGGUCAGGUGAUGCUGUCCAGAUGACAUGGAGCGCAGUGGCGCGGAAGAUGCAUUCGGUGCAGCUGCAGCUUCACAAGCGCGCUAGAUUCCACAGGACGGUUUCUGUAUGAAUAUGAUCAAGGCCACCGAGCGCGGAAGUCUGGAUGUGGCAAGAUUCGUCAGUUGCACUGUGCAGAUGAUUUUUUUAGACUUAACUGACAUAAAGGUAAUAACGGGUGAAUAGGUGUCAUUUUUGUAAUGUUUACUUCCCUAAAAGAAAUAGAGAUGUGAGACUUGAAAGCAUAAAAUGCACUAUCUUAAUCUA